AUGGACGCCAACAUCACAAAAGCCCUCAACGACAAGCUCUACGAUAGGCGCAAGAGCGGGGCACUCGAGCUCGAGGGCCUCAUCCGCGAUGCCCUCGCCGCCCAGGACCAUGACAGGAUAGCAAAGAUUGUCCAUCAGCUGUGUCACGAGUAUGCCUAUGCCGUCCACCAACCCCACGCUCGCAACGGCGGUCUCAUAGGACUGGCCGCUGCCUCUAUAGCCUUGGGGCCCGAAGUCGCCCGCUACCUCGAGGAGAUCGUGCCCCCGGUGCUUGCUUGCUUCAGUGAUCAAGAUGCCCGUGUUCGGUACUACGCGUGCGAAAGCAUGUACAACAUUGCAAAGGUCGCAAAGGGCGAGAUACUUGUCUACUUUAACCAAGUCUUCGAUGCUCUCUGCAAGAUGGCCGCAGACUCGGAGCUGUCUGUCAAAAAUGGCGCAGAGCUCCUGGACCGCUUGAUCAAAGACAUUGUCUCAGAGUCCGCUGCCAGCUAUGUCUCGGUGCUGCAGACCACGCCUGAGCAGCACGACGGCGAGGACGAGCCAUAUCCAUACGCAUUCAGCCUCGAACGGUUCUUGCCGCUUCUCGAAGAGCGCAUAAACGUCAUCAACCCCUUCACUCGCUCCUUCCUCGUUGCAUGGAUAACACUACUCGAUUCCAUACCUGAUCUUGAGCUGAUUGCUCACCUACCACGCUUCCUUGGUGGCCUCUUCAAGUUCUUGAGCGACUCCAACCAGGAUGUAUACACUAUGACGCAGGCGGCGCUGGACAGACUCCUGAACGAGAUUAAGAAGAUUGCCAGAAUCAAAAAGGGCAUAGAGGAAAGCAAGAAGAGCAACAGUAAGGACGAGCGCAGAAACUCUGCCGAUAGUAUGCACAGCGGAAGCGAUGCGUCCGACUUUACGCCCCUCGACCCGAAUGAUUCGAUUGAUGACAAGGGCGACGCCAGUGGAGAAAGUGGCUCUGUUUCUGGAGAGAGCGAAAAGUCUGUACAUGGCGAUGGUAACUGGAUACCAGGCCAGGAUGUGCACGUGGACCAUCCCAAAAUCCUUGGGAUACUCGUUGACUUUCUAGUCCCACCGCCUGAUACAGAAGAGGAGCAGACAGAGAUAUUACUGACAGCGCUGCGCUGGAUCGACAACUUCUUUGACAUUUGUCCAGAAGACAUCAUGCCGUUUGUCCCGAGCCUUCUGUCGCACGUAUUGCCCCGCAUGUCGCAUGAGGUUGAUACCGUUCGCAAAGCAGCAGUUAAGGUCAAUGCUUCGCUUAUGGAUUACAUCUUAUCCUUAUCUGAUGACAAUCGUCCACGAGAUGGGGGCGCAAGUGGACAGAUUCAGUUGCCGCCUUCCCUCUCCGAGCUCGGGAAGGAGCUUACUGGUACACAACGGCGAGACUCUAAUCUCUCAGGCCGCUUGCUCAAGGCAGUUAUCCGCGACCAGGCAAACAAGGCCGAGUCACCUGACGGCAGGUCCCCCACGCCCGCAGAGGACAGUGGUUCGUCACCUCGCCCAAUACCAGAGUUGGAUUACCAAGCUGCAGUCAGUGCUUUAACACUGCAAUUUUUGAAUGAACAUGAAGCUACUCGUGUUGCGGCUAUCGCGUGGCUAAUCAUGCUACAUAGGAUGGCACCCGGCAGAAUACUGACAGUGGACGACGGAACCUUUCCAGCACUGCUUAAGACACUAUCUGACCCUUCCGAUGCGGUUGUUACGCGCGACCUGCUACUCCUCUCUCAGAUAUCUCUGCAUAGCGACGAUACAUACUUCACCUCGUUCAUGGUCAACUUGCUGAAGUUGUUCUGCACUGACCGCAGGCUGCUCGAGACGCGCGGUAACCUUAUUAUUAGACAGCUAUGUCUCACCCUUAGUGCUGAGAGGAUCUAUCGUACCAUGGCCGAUUGCCUGGCAAAGGACGAAGAUGUCGAGUUUGCAAGCAUCAUGGUGCAGAACCUCAACAACAACCUCAUCACUGCGCCAGAGCUCGCAGACUUGCGGAGGCGACUAAGGAACCUUGACAGUAAGGAUGGCCAAUCCUUUUUCGUCACUCUGUUCAAGGCUUGGUGUCACAACGCCGUGGCUACCUUCUCACUGUGUCUCCUCGCUCAAGUCUAUGAACAGGCAUACCAUUUACUACAAGUCUUCGCCGAGCUUGAAAUGACGGUCAACAUGCUUAUCCAGAUUGACAAGCUGGUCCAACUUCUCGAGUCCCCAGUCUUCACUUAUCUUCGCAUGCAGCUCCUCGAGCCUGAGCGAUAUCCACACUUGUACAAGUGCAUGUAUGGUCUACUGAUGCUACUUCCCCAAUCCUCUGCUUUUGCUGCGCUUAAGAAUCGCCUCAACAGCGUCUCAGCCAUAGGCUACCUGCAUAUUGCGCCUCAGCGCAGCAGCUCGACGUAUGUGCACCCUUCCCCCACUCUAAACCACUUGCGGCAAAAAAGCUCAGAAGCCGGCGCGAACAGUAGUAGCAGUAGUAGCAUUGCCUCGCCUGGAGGAGCCAACAUAUCCAACUUCGAACGGUCUGGCCGACUGAAGCCAAGGGACGUGCUGGGCGGCCCGGAAGCGGGCGCCACGGUGAAGUGGACCGAGUUGCUAGAGCGGUUCAAGCAAACGCAGGAAAAGGCGAGGCGCAGUCAAAGAAUGGCCAGUAUGGGCGAAGAAGAGGAGGUCUACGAGAAGAUGGGCCCGACAGUACCGACUCCGUCUGCGCCACCUAAGAGUGUUGCCGGGCUUAGGCCAGGAAGUCCUGCAGGUGCGAUGAGACCGCCUCCAGCGCCUGCACCGCCGGGUCCUCUACCAGGACACAAGCCACGGUCUAGCCUGAGUAACCUAGGAAGGUUUGCUGGGGGAGUGGCAGGGAGAAGAAAGGAUAAGAAAUAG